GCUUAACAUCCGCUAGAGGGCAGUGUGCAAUUGACUAAAGGGACUCAAUCGGGAGGUUUCAAGCCCACCCCCCUGUUCUUGAUGGUGGGACUUGGGGGAGGCUUCAAAACAUUUGGACUCGAGUGUGAACGUUUUUCUUGCAUUAGUUUUUUUUUUCUUUGCCGGGGUCGGGGGGCUCAUUAGUCUUUGCGCUCGGCUGGGUCUCCCCGGAGUGCACGCACCGAGGCAGAAGCAUGGACGCGAUUUGGAUGUGCCUUUGGAUCAUUUUGGGCUUGUCUGGAACGAAUGGUUCAAAUGUGUGCACCUCCAGGGGUGCGAGCACGUGUAAGCAGUGUCUGGCCGUGCACCCCAGUUGCGCGUGGUGCGUCCAAGAGGAAUUCGGUGGCGGCGAGGCCAGCUCGUCCCGCUGCGACCGAAAAGCCAACCUGGUGGCGGCGGGCUGUGCCGCUUCGGCGGUGGAGUCCCCGCACAGCAGGCUGCAGGUGAUGGAGGACCGGCCGCUCAGCAGGAAGGCGGCGGGGGCCGCGCAGGAGGUGACCCAGAUCAGGCCCCAGAGCCUCCACAUUACCCUCAGGCCCGACGACGCCAAGCGCUUCACGGUCAAGGUGCGGCAGGUGGAGGACUACCCCGUGGACCUGUACUACCUCAUGGACCUGUCGUACUCCAUGAACGACGACCUGUACCGCUUGAGGACGCUGGGCAAGGGCCUGGCCGAGGCCAUGAACCGCACCACCGCCAACCUGCGCAUGGGCUUUGGCGCCUUUGUGGACAAGCCUGUCUCCCCUUACAUGUACACCUCCCCCAAAGAGGCCAUCAGGAACCCUUGCUACAGCAUCAACGCCACCUGCCGCCCCCAGUUCGGCUACAAGCACGUUCUGUCGCUGACGGAUAAAGUGGGCCGCUUCGCCGAAGAAGUGAGGAAGCAGAUGGUGUCCAGGAACCGGGACGCCCCCGAGGGAGGUUUCGACGCCAUCCUCCAGGCGGCCGUCUGCAAGGAGCAGAUCGGCUGGCGUCCCGGCGCUUCCCACCUCCUCAUCUUCACCUCGGACGCCAAGACGCACGUGGCGCUGGACGGGCGCCUCGCCGGCAUCGUGCGGCCCAACGACGGCCGCUGCCACCUCAACUCGGCCAACCUGUACGACACGUCGACCACCAUGGAUUACCCGUCUCUCGCCCUCAUCACGGAGAAGAUGUCCGAGAACAACAUCAACCUGAUCUUUGCGGUCACCAAUCCCGUGGUUUCCUUGUACCAGAACUACAGCGAGCUGAUUCCGGGCACCACGGUGGGAACGCUGUCCAACGACUCCGGCAACGUCAUUCAGCUCAUUUUGAAGGCCUAUGCCAAAAUCCGCUCCAAGGUGGAACUGGAAGUUCUGGGCGUCCCGGAGGAGCUGUCCCUCUCCUUCAACGCCACCUGCUUGAAUGGAGAAGUCAUCCCGGGCCUCAAGUCCUGCUCGGGACUCAAGAUAGGAGACACGGUGUCUUUCAGCGUGGAGGCGCGAGCGCGAGCCUGCCCCAAACGGAAGGGAAAAAAGACCUUCGUCAUCAAGCCGGUGGGCUUUAAGGACGCGCUGUCCGUCGCCGUCACCGUCGAAUGCGACUGCAAGUGCCAGAGCCAGGCUCAGCCGGACAGCCCCAAGUGUCACCACGGCAACGGCACCUUCCGGUGCGGCAUCUGCGCCUGCCACCCGGGCCGGCUGGGCCCGCGCUGCGAGUGCGCCGAGGGCGAACGCGGGACGGCCCAGCGGGACGGCUGCGCCGCGCCCGGCGGCUCGGACGUGUGCGGCGGCCGCGGGGACUGCGUGUGCGGCCAGUGCGCGUGCCACGCCAGCCACUUCGGCAAAGUGUGGGGGAAGCUGUGCGAGUGCGACGACUUCAGCUGCCUUCGCUACAAGGGAGAACUCUGCUCCGGGCACGGCGUUUGCAACUGCGGCUUCUGCCAGUGCGCCCCCGACUGGCAGGGGGAGAGCUGCAACUGUUCCACGCGCACCGAUACCUGCAUGUCGCACCUGGGCUUGCUAUGCGGCGGGCGGGGCCAGUGCGUGUGCGGCGCCUGCGAGUGCACCCAGCCCGGCGCCUACGGGGCCACCUGUGACAAGUGUCCCACCUGCCCCGACGCCUGCACCAUGAAAAAGGAAUGCGUGGAGUGUAAACAUUUCAAGAGAGGCAAGCUGGCGGAGGACAAGGCCUGCGCUCGCAUCUGCAAGGACGAGAUUGUGCUCGUGGAGGAAUUAGCGCUUCACCAUACAAACGCCGUCAACUGCACCUACAAGGACGAGGACGACUGCGUGCAGCGUUUCCAGUACUACGAGGACGCCGGCGGCAAGUCCAUCUUGUUUGUGGUCAAGCAGCCAGAUUGUCCCGAGGGUGCGGACGUUUUGGUGGUGCUGCUGUCGGUGGCGGGGGCCGUCUUGUUCCUGGGCUUGGCGGCGCUGCUCAUCUGGAAGCUGCUGAUCACCAUUCACGACAGGCGGGAGUUUGCCAAAUUUGAGGAAGAGCGGGCGCGGGCCAAGUGGGACACGGGACACAAUCCUCUUUACAAAGGGGCCACGUCCACCUUCACAAACAUCACAUACAGAGGAAAAGACUGACGCUGGCUUGGAAUCAUUUCAAGGUUGACAUGGACUGCCACUGUGGGAAGGCACAAAAUCAUGUGCAGGUCGCUACUGUCACAAAGCAACAAAUAAGAAGGAUUGUUAGGUUGUAAAUACGUCGGAACCACUUGUGUGGCACUUGAUCACAAAACGACCCUCUGGCUUUUAGAAACGUUGUUUUUGCUGAGUGUUUGUCGAUGAGGUACAUAUUAAAAAAAAGUACUGCAAAUAAUGCAUGCGCCUUUGUUCGUUUAGCUUUGACAGUGGCUUAGUGACUGGCUUCUUGAAGGUCUCCCAUGAGAUGGAAGAGGGUACAUAUUUGACCACUAAGGUUUUUAUCAUCUUAAAUGUGUGCCUACAGCCUCGUUAACCUGAUGGCAUAAUUGCCUCAGUCAUUUUUCAAAAACACAGUCCCGUUGCCUCGAUUUAACAUUUACACAUUACUUUGGCAUGGACACAGAAAAAAAAGUUUUUCUUUUGGGGGGUGGGGGUGAAAUUGUGACAGUAAACUAAAAAAUCCCGAGGCUAUUGUGCUAAUUGUGCUGUCACGUUAAUUUACACGGAACACAAAUCUUAACACUCGACUGCCAUCUGCUAGCCAUAAAGCGCUACUGCACCCUAGUCCGCUUACAUACAUCAACAAUUUCGGGCAACUGUGUUUUACUGUUUAAAACAUAAUUUCGGAGUGACAUUUUUUUUCCUCUGUCACAUUUGAAUUUUUAGGUGAUUGGUGUCAAGAGUUUGAGAAUCCAGAGAAUCAACUUUACUCCUUGUGGAAGACGGCUUUAAAUUGCGAUAGACGAAACAUUCAAAGGACAGCGCGGUGAUGUGACGAGUGCCACCGAACAGGAGAAGUAGGGGGUCGGAAGUGGUGGUGGAUCAGGACCAUCAAUGGUCGAGACUCGGGGGGGUCUCCGGACACCCGUGCGGAGGCACCGAGACCUGGAGGAAACUCCGAGGAUCACUUGCCUCUUGCCCGGAUGACACCGGCGGCCACCGGCCAGACUCAGCUAGCGUCCGCUAAGCUAACCAAUGUCUUCCAAGGAGUGGUAAGAAAUGGAGCAAAUGACUUGUUGGAUUUUUUUUUCAUUGCAGCGAGUUUGCGGGACUUGUUAGGGGGUUCUUUUGGCCGCCGGAUGGAAGCCGCGGAGCUCCUCAGCUUCGGGCCGUGAUUGACAGUUUAAAGAGCUAAACGCUCCCCAGGUGAGACCAACUGGACGGCGAAUGCUAACACGGACGAGUGAGGGUUUGCCUCGAUAAUGAUACUUUCGUACCCACGGACCGUACGAACACUUGUUCAACUUUCCGCUAAGUGUUCGUCCAAGCACGGACACUUGUUUUUCAGCUUGUUGUCAAUUCUGAAGAUGUAAAUUAGCAUGCUAAAUUUCGUCACUGUACUUGUGC